AAUAAAUAAAUAUGAAAUAACGAAACACCUUUGUUUUUGGUUGCAUCUUACUUUCUUUAUAUGGUGAGUUCUUUCUUCAUCUACAACAUGGCCCUUUUCAAAAACAGGGAAUGGCUUCUUUCUUUUCUUGGCAGUGUAAUUUUUGUGCCUCUUCAUUUUUUAACCAGCAGAUUUGUUUUGUAAGGGAUGCUACACAAAACUUAUAUCUUGCUUUUUCUAAAGCAGAUUUCCAUACUACACAGGGGACAUGAGGUUGUUGUGCCUCCUUGGUUGCUUCACAAACAUGUGGACCUAAUUCUUUGAAAAAAAAAACCAAUCUGCCUCCUCUUUGUUGACGUCUACUAUUAACCAAUUUGGCCUUUCUGCAGUGGCUUCAACUCUUCUAUUCUCUUCACACCAGUGAUCAGUCUUUUUGUCUUUGAUAGCAGCUUACACAUCUGCACUAUUCACCUUCCGCAUUUUCAAAUAUUCAUGCUCAAAACAUCACUUCUGUUGACUCUAUUGCUGCACUAUAAUCUCCAGACCCCUUAAAACUACGAUCUCAUUUGUCUUCAGCAAUCUUUAACUUCUUUCUCUUGACUUUACACACUAUAUUUUGUUUAAUCUUUUCAUAACUUUAUAAUAUUCAUAAUCUUCCUCUUACCAAUAAACUUCUAAAAUCUGCAACUUUACCACUUAACCAGUAACAUAUUCUUUACUCCUGGCUGACUUUGAUGGUGACAUUCUUUGCUGCAGACAACAACUUCAACACAGCUAUCCCCAGGGGACGUCAACUUCUUUGCAAUUACUUUUCUUCUAGUGAGCAACUCGUUGGCUUUCCGCGACUCUUUGUACUUUAGCAGCAGCUUAAGUCUGUGACCUCAGCUUUGGGCGACUUCCAUAUUGACCUUGGUGGCGGCAAACAAGUUCCCAACAGCUUCCAAAAACAAACAACUAUGGUUUCCCUCAUGAAUUUCUUCACCGCAUCACAUGGCGGUUCCUCCUUGAAUGGCUUUAAGAUCUCAUACUCUAUCUGCAUUUGCAAUCAACUCAAAUUGCCUUCAGCGUUUUGUUCUCGCACAACAACUUCUUGUUGCACUCUUCUUUUUCUUUAUGCAACCCGUUAAUCAUGUGCUCUGUUCUUCAAAACUUCCAUGAACCAGGCUCUUUUUCUCUCACUUGCAGGAUGGUGCUCAACACUCUUCAUCCUUUGCUUCUUCUGCUCUUGAAAAUUGAGACCUUCUUUUGCAUAAUGUUGUUUGGAGACAUCUGGCUAUGAAGGGGCAUAAAGAGAAAUCGACACCAAUGGAAAUGGAGGGUAAGAGAAAAUCCAUCUCUGAUGAUGUGGCCUGCAAUUCGAGUACUAUUCAUUCCACGCGUAGGUUAAAGCGAGAUGUCAAAGUGAUGGACUCUCCAGCUUGGCUGCCUAAAGGAUGGAUUGCCGAGAUUAAAACUCGGGUCACCGGUAGCAGUGCUGGCUCUAAGGACAAGUAUUACUAUGACCCUGUGAGAAACAAAAGAUUUCCUUCUAAAGCAAAAGUGUUUGAAUUCUUGGAAGGUGCAAAUUUCACAGGCUUUCAGACUAAGCACAAAGCAUAUGAUCUUAGUAGUAGAACUUCAGUUCAAGAGAGAACCAAUGUAAGUUUAAAAUGGUCAAGUUUCUACAGGUCUUUUGGUUUCCCACUUAUUUUGGUUUCCAUUGCUGCUGGUUCAUUUCUUCCUUUGUCUUAUCAGAUUAGACCAGGAGGCAGAGGAACUGAAAGUACCUUCCAAAACUUCAGUGCAUCCCAGGGCACAAGUGAAAUAGAUGCCAACAAAAUACCAAAUAAGGUUGUAUGGGCUCUAAAUGGCACGGAAGAAACAUGGGUGCCUCUUGUCAAUAAUGAAGAGAUAAAUGGGUCAAACAUGAAAGAAGAAAAGCACAUGCCCGAUGGCAAUAAUAUGUACUUAUGUUGUCAGGAGCAAUUGGAAAAGGGUGUGUCUGAGAAUUCCAAUCCUUCAAAAGGGCUAGUAAAGGAAACUCAAGCAGAAAAUGAGCAGAACAAAUCAAAUCAGGGUUCACCAAUUGUCUCACCUUUUGAAGAUUACUGGUCAGACCCUUGCUCAGAAUUUGAUUAUGAAACUUGGACAGGAGCAUUGCCAUUUUUUCAUGAAGAUUCAGCUCUUUGGGAUGCCUUUCAGAAUAAUUUAUUACCCCAAGCAAACAUGGAUGAAAAGCUAGAGAGUAAUUCAUGUCCAUCUAAUCCAGGAUGGUUUUCUUGGAAUGAGCCCACUGAACUUCCUUCCUGGACCGAAGAAAGGCUGUGCUUACAAGUGAACAAGUUUGAUGAAAGUGAAGACUGUACGAUUAUGUUUUCUGUUUCAGAUGGCUUGCCUGAUAUGGGAAUGAAAGAAGUUAUGAUGGAGAGACUUUAUAAAAGUCAUAUUGUAAUACGUUGGAACUCAACUUUCAAUAAUAUAAACAUUAUUUGUAAUUUAUGCUGUGCAAAUGUAGAUGCUCUUGGUAUACUGGAAAGCUUGUUGGUUCCACUUCUUGUUGGUCAAACAGGGUUCAACACCAGAGCAUCACAUCCUAUUUUUAAUGUGGAGUUGCUUCAUCCAUAUUUUUCACCUUUGCUAGACACUUUAGAUGUUGAUACAAUUCAUGCUAGUGAUUUUAAUUCAGAGACCACUACUCCAUCAGACAGUGAUCACAUUGUUCAGGUUCUUAUGAAAACUCUUUGUAGCACACAAAUUCUUUUGUAUCGUGUUAUCCAAGCAGGAAAACAUCCACGCCAAGGCAAGUGGUUUACUAGUGAACAUAUUGCUACACGCUUUCCUCAUCUGCUGCAACAAGCUAGUGCAAUGGGGCCAAUUGUUUACGCUUACUCUCACACUCUUCAACCAGCUCUUGUAUUUGCACUAUGCUUCGAUACAAUUUAA